CGCGGGGACCUGCAGCGCGCGCGUGCGCAGCACAUCGGAACCCGGAAGCGGGCGCCGCGCGGACGGAGUCCCGCGCGUUCCGCGCUGUCCCGCCACGCCCGGCCGGGCCCCACGAUGGCGCAGGAGCCCGGGUUAGCCGCCUCCGCACCUCCCGGUUCUCAGGCCCUUCUGGACGUUGUGCUCCAGAACCUCUACGACUUUGGAGAGACGGAAGAUGAAGCAGAGCAGAAAAGGAUCAGAAAGAAAAGAGAGAAGAAAAGAGAGAUGGGGACCCCAGCGGCCUUGGUAGCAGAGCCAGCUCUCCAACCUGGAUCUCUUGUCAGAGGCCAGAGGAAGAGUGCUUCCGGCUUCUUCCAGGAACUCCAGGAGGAGCUGCAGGGUGUUCCUGCCGUGACCCCUGGUGGUUUCCCUUCAGGACCUGUUGUCUCUAGUGCUGCGGUAGCCCCCUCUCCCCCGAGGAGUGACAGGGAACCAGUAGAAGUGGUGGAAUUUCACAGCAGAAGUAGAAAAAGAAAACGGAAGCCCGAUCAAGACGAGAACACAAAGACCAAAACUAGUAUCCUCGAGAAAGAUGUGGAUAUACAAGAGUUUAACUUAGAAAAGGCUCGUUUGGAAGUGCACCGGUUUGGGAUCACAGGUUAUGGAAAAGGAAAGGAGAGAGUCCUGGAGCAGGGACGCGCCAUUAUGCUGGGCGCUAAGCCUCCCAAAAAUAGUUAUGUGAAUUACAAGGUUUUGCAGGAGCAAAUCAAAGAAAAAAAGUCAGCAAAGGAAAAAGAAAAGAGAACGGCCCAGGACACAGAUAUUUUCAAGAAAAAAAAGAGGAAAGGACAGGAAGACAGGAAAUCCAAAAAGAAGAAAUCGGCUCCCAGUAUUUUGUCAAGUAGACGGAUUGGACAGGUUGGAAAAUUCAAAAAUGGGACACUGAUUCUGAGCCAAGUUGAUAUCAAAAAAAUAAAUUCUUCCAGAGUGGCUAAAUGAAGUACUUUAUAAAAUAAAGAGAGAAGUGGGAAAGUGCCAAUGUACUGAAACUGGACCCCUACAAGACUUCCAGAUUAUUCUUAUUUAUUUCAUAUUUCAUAGACUGCUCUUUUAUUUUAGGGAACAAAAUCAAAUUGAAAUAAUAAAAUUUCUAUCUGCUGAAGUGUCUGAUUUUUUUUUCUUUUUGGUGAUAACCGUGUUGGGCCAACUGUGAUGUGAAUCUGAAGUAAAACUGAAACCGUGUAACUCACUCAGAUUGGGACUUGAACCCAUGGUCUUUUAACUGAGAUCACACACCUGGUCUUAGGACUUAAUGAAGCUCAGGUUCUGGAUGUCUCAUCACAGAAAGAAUUCAGCGAGAGACAAAGUGAUAGGUUUAUUUAGAGAGAAAUACACUCCACAGACAGAGUGCAGGCCAUCUCAGAAGGCAGAAGUGGCACCAGGGUUUGGGGUUGUCCGUUCUUACAGGGGUGGGUAAUUUCACAGGCUAAGGAGUGGGAGGAGUAUUCCAGCUGUUUUGGGGAAGGGGCGGGGAUUUCCAGGAAUUGGGCCGCUGCCCUCUUUUUGACCCUUGUGGUCGCUCUUGGAACUGUCCUGGCACCUGUGGGUGUGUCAUUUAGCUUGCUGAUGUGUUACUGUGAGUGUAUACUGGGGCUCAAGGUCUAGUGGAAGUCGACUCGUCCGCCAUCUUGGACCCAUUUGGUUCUAAUCAGUUUACGUCGUGUCCUCCGGCUGUGUCAUUCUUUCAGAGGUUGUGCCCUGCCCCCUUCCCUCCUGUUUCAAAACUAUUGAGAAGGAUGUUUUAAUAUUCUCCAUCAGGGUUCACUCGAGUUUCACUUUCACUGGUGUUCUGUGCAUUUGCUUGUAGAUAUUUCAUAAUUUUAUGGAUUUGUAGAUGCUAAUAAUUAGCUUAAAAUUGUUUUUUAAUUUUCUAAAAAUGAUUUAAUGUUACUAUAUCAUGAAAGAACUAAGAAUGUGAUCAUUUGUCAGUUUUGUGGGAAAAGCAUUUUCGAUUUUCAGCCAAAGUGUAUAAAAUCUACUUUGUAAGAAUGUGUAUAAAUAAAAUACAACUUUUGUGGUAAAAAUGACCAUGACUAUUAAAUAACACAACAGAUGAGUUAAGCAAAUGUUAUCUCCUUCUAAGUCAUCACCUGGGGUAA